AUGUCGAUACGGCCCGACCUGAAGACCCACCGCCACACUUAUGAGAAGACAGUACACAACAGCGGAGAUAAGGAAUCGGAAUUUACUCUGGACCUGAGCGUUUUGUCGCCCAGGAUACGAUUAGCCACCCGAAACCCAAAGUUCCGUUGCGUCGAGGCCGAAAACGCCGCUUCUCGCCUCUCCCUAUCAUAUUCCAUUUUCGCCCCGAACCUCUCCGCCGCCGUCGCCGUGACACCGCCGCCUGAGCCGUAUGGAUUACCAUCGUGGUGUGAGACGGCAGACAUUUUCAUGGAGGUGAGUUUAGUGGCGACAGAAUCGAAGCCGUCGUACCCGCCCCGUGGACGCGUUCCUUCGUCUGGAUUUACGACCCGGAAAGUGGACGUUGUUGUCGUCAUUCGAGUCGUAGCUAAUGGAUGGAUCCGGGAAGUCGAUGAUGUUGACGCGGUCGAGGACGGCGGUGCCUCGUUGGCAUCCUCUGCGGCCUCGCCCAAUGCAAUGUACCGAACGGCCUUGACGACAAUGGAGUGCACGACUUUUGUCAAAUCCCAUGACCAGAAGCCCAACACCCCAACAGUCGUCAACCCGAACAAUAUCGACCACCACACCAAGGCCCCGCCGACAAUGACACCAAAGAAUGGGGCCGAGCCACCCAUGUUGUGCAGCAGACGAAAUGGUGUGCGCUUAUCGCCUUAUAAGCGCUGUGCAUCGACGAUUUUCGGGAUCGAAGAAACGCCCCGCCUGCCACCGACGAUGACAAAAUCAGGGCUGAUCCGAUAUACGUGCCAAACCGGUAUCGCAAUGCGGAUGUCCAUUGGGCAAAGAACGGGAGAAUGUGGAGAAGGACGAAGGACAACAGCGAAAAGAGGAACAGUUGCAUCUGGUCGUCAAUUGACGACGGCUGAACAGGUGAAGGAGAUCUUCGACGGGUAUCGACCGACGCGCGGGACGAAUGCCGCUCAAAAUGCUCCGGUUUGGGUGUUGUGCUUCUCGAGUCCUCAAUCACCUCGUCCGAUGUUGGUACACGAGACCUCGGUGGUCGUUGUUGUUGAUUUUUCUGCCAAUACGAUGGGUCUGCCUGCUUUCCUCCGAUGGCAUGAUCCAUAUCUGUUCCGUCUGGCUCUGCAUCAUCCUCGUCAUCCACUAUUGUUUUGUCAGAAUACCAAUUCUGCAUCCCCCCACUUCGCGAGUCGAACGACGCCCGCGUCGGCUCCCCUUGAAAGUCCCUCCCUACCGGCAGCGAGUGGUCGUUCAUGCCGGCGCGUGAUGCUCCAUACAAACGCGGUGAGGGUGGUGACCGUGGUCCAGACAAUCCAGGCAUGGUCGAUAGGGGUCCAACUGGGGACGUUGAAGAGGAUCUUCGGUAUGCAUCGUGUGAUUGUGAAGCUGCCGAUAAGUGGUGAGUUGACGAGUCUGGGCGUAAAUAUGAGGAGGGUGGUGAAGACAGGCGGGGUGCGGGGUAUGGUUGAUGGGGGUGAUGGUGGUCCCGCGUGGAGUCGAGCGUACUGGACGCGGAAGACGAGGCUGCGGAGCAGGACCGCGGUGGUUGCGCGGACGUGCCAUAGGUGGAGGAAUACGGCAGAGGAUAUGGGGAGUAUUUGCCUGUCGCCGCAGACCCAGUGCCGGGGAGGUGUCCUCCUGGAUGUCCGUAGGAUGCAUAAUACGGCGAACUGUAGAGUGCCAGUUUGGGGGUUACCGUCAAAUGGGGUCGGCAGCAGCUCCACACGAACACGUAAGGUCAUCAACCUCACGCGCAGUACUGCCUUCACCCACACAUCACAUGGGACUCUCGGCUGCGGCGAUGCGCCAUGGAGCCAGGAAUGGCCCAGCUUCCAUCUCGGUUACCUGAACUCUAAAGCGAGGGGCGAGCCAGAAAGAUGA